AUGUCUCUGUCGGGGCAUUUUGGUGCUCUGAGGACCGGAGAGCUGCGAGAGCUGCUGGAGGAUGAAGACAAAAUAAAGCACAUCAUCAGGUGCAGUGAGAAGUUUCAGGGGCUGCAAAGGGCUGCAGAGAAGAUGCUGGUUUCAAAUCAAAAACUGGCUAAAGUCUGUCUCUCUCAAAAACCUAAAUUCAGAGAUACUAAACUGAUACUUGCAAUGAAGUACAAGGAACUGGAAGAACUUCAAAGCUUGGUCCAGGUCAAACAAGAACAACUUGCAGAAAAAUACAGUGUUCACUCUGCUCAGUGGAGUCUCUUGGAAAAGAUAAAACAUGCAGAGGAGGAGUGUGAGAUGAUGUUUCAGAGAUUUGUGGAGGGUAAAACGCCACUGGCAGAAUUCCUGGAUUCCUUUCUCAGCUCGCAGAAACUCCAGCACAUCAGGAUGGUCCUGGUGAAGAAACUCCAGGAGGUUAGGCUCGGUGAGAUCCACCCUGACACUCAGCGUGUCUCAGCAGAAGAGAUCCAGGACGCCUGCCUCCCCGUCUGCAGUCUGACCUCAGCUGUGGUCCUACCUGCCUGCUGCCACCCUCCAUUCCUGCUGCCCUAUGGUACCCACGUUAACACUGCUCACUGUCUACAGCAUACACCCUUUUGUCAUGAUUACAGUCAUGAUUGCGAUGAGUCCCUACGUCCAGGGGUGCACAGACGAGGCUCCAAAUGGCCAGCGAGACCGGUCCGUCUUCAGCCUCUGAAGGUGCCGCAGAGGAAGCAUCAACAUGCACCACAAUAAAGACACACCCAGAGUUUGCAUUUCAUUAAAGUUAACACAGCUACUGGGUAAAGUUUCCUUAGCAUCACACAUUGGAUUUAGUCUUUAUUUAUUUAUUUAUUGAUACUAUAUUUUCUGAUUCAAGUGGCAACUUACUAAUAUUUGAGUAUUUUAUUUGGGCAAAGUUAUUGAAGGAUUGUUUGUGUCAGAUGUCCAGUGUGUAGGAUUUAGCAGGAUAUAUUGGUAGAAAUGUAACCUAACAUAUUUAGUAUGUUUUCCUCAGUUUAUUAUCACCUAAAAAUAAGACUUGUGUUUUCGUUACCUUAGAAUGAGCCGUUUAUAUCU